AGAAAGAGCCCGGCGGAGGCGGUGGGACGGCGGCGCGGGGAGGGAGUGCCCGCAGAAGAGUAUGCUGGGAGGCUUCCGAGAUGAACGACUCUGAAAGGAAGCAGUUCGGUUCGGCGGAGGAGGAACGAGAUUACUGGAGGGAGCGGGCCAGGGAAUACAAGCAGUGUGCCGAGAACGCUCAGGCGGAGUUGCGGGAGUUUCAAGAGGGAAGCCGGGAAUAUGAAGCCGAGCUGGAGACUCAGCUGCAGCAGACGGAGUCCCGGAACAAGGACCUCCGGUCGGAGAACGGCCGGCUCCGGAUGGAAAUCGAGGCUGCCAAGGAGAAGCUGUCGGCGCAGCAUUCCGAAGGCUACCAGCAGAUGUCGGCCCUGGAGGAGGAGCUGGCCCAGACCAGAGCCGUCAAGGACCAGCUGCAGAAGUACAUCCGGGAACUGGAGCAGGCGAACGACGACCUGGAAAGAGCCAAGAGGGCCACGAUCAUGUCCCUGGAAGACUUUGAGCAGCGCCUGAACCAGGCCAUCGAGCGGAACGCCUUCCUGGAGAGCGAGCUGGAUGAGAAGGAGAACCUUCUGGAAUCGGUGCAGCGCCUGAAAGACGAAGCCCGAGACUUGCGCCAGGAGCUGGCCGUGCAGCAGAAGCAGGAGAAGCCGAAGACAUCAGGUCAGGGGCCGGCAGAAGCGGAGCAGAUGGAGACGGGCCUCCCAGCGAGCAGGCCGCCACCCUCGACCCCCGGGGCUCACAGAGGGCCAAGUGGGGGACGAAGUACCCCCGGGACAUUCAGGAGGGGUUUGGAGGACAGCUACAGCGCCACCCCGCUCACGCCGGCAGCCCGGAUUUCGGCGCUCAACAUUGUGGGAGACCUGCUGCGCAAAGUGGGGGCCCUGGAGUCGAAACUGGCCUCCUGCCGCCACUUCGUGUACGACCAGACUCCUUACCGGAGCGCCUUUCCCCCGUCCGUCUGCUUGAACAGAGACGCCUUCGACCGGCGGCCGAGCGGGCCGCAUGGGUUGGUUAAGCGGCUGGAGAUGGGAACGCAACCCUUGAACCUCCCCGGGCCAAUGGGCCUCCCACCCCAAGGAGUAGUCCAGAUGCUUCUCUGAGGGACCAAACAGCACGCCACAUCCCCGGACGUGGGACUUUUAAUUUUUCCCCCCCAAUUUGUAACAGGAUACUAACAGACAGAAACUCACCUGUGGCAGAGGGGAAGAGGUGGGGCGGAAGACCCCUGAUGAAGGGAAUGAACGGCACCGCUUUCUACCUGGCCGGGGGGGGGGGUCGUCGGGCAGUGCCAGGAGGGGGCACUGCCGCAGCAUGAGGAACGACCUCCCUGCGAGGAAGGCGAGUCCUGCCUUGAUGUUCUCCGAAGGGCAAAGAACGUUCUUCCCUCCGUCCCACUGCUUCGACCCCUUUCCCCAGAUAGUCGCCUGCCCAGUUGAGCCUUACAGUUCUGUGCCACUGCCUUAUGUGUAUGUGUCCACCUGCAGAGUUUCCCCUGCUUCCUGCCGGCACUCACAAGUCGUCGUCGGGGGCCCCUAAGAUGUCAUCUUGGCAUUGGACUCUGAACCAGGCCGCAAACAAAUUAGAAAGGAUUGCAGGAGGGAGACGGGCGCGCCCUCUACGGGGACGAGAGCCUGGGUUUAUCUGCCAGCGCUACACUUUUAUUUCUUCGAGGAUUUUUAAUGUGGCCUGACGGCAGAGCCAACUCGGCAUCCCGCCUCUCGCUCGCUUAAGUGCCUUUUGCACACCUCUGGGAGUCGCUAAGGAAUCCAGAAGUGGACGGGGGAGGGGGUGAUUUCUUUUUCUAUGCCCGCGCGCACGGCCAUUCUCGCCUGAUGACGACGGGGCCCUGCGCAUGUUUAAAAGGUGCCGGGAUUUAACAUCAGGCUUUGUGCUGCCAGAGUUUUGUAAGUUGAAGCUUGUAUUGUGUGUUAUAAACC